AUGGCUUCGCAAAACUGGAUAGCGGUUAUUUUAAUAGCGACAUUAUUCUUCAGCAGCAUUAAAGGGCAAAUUGGCCACCCCUCAACUAUCUUAAGCAGUCAUUUCAAUUUGCUGGAUAAUACAGUUCAUUUAAUGAUGCAACAACCAGUCGCUUCUAAUUUUACCAUGGAAAAACGCUCUUUAGAGCAAACAAGAGAAAUCGCCAAGCCAAAUGUCACUGUCUGGAUUGCUGGCGAUAUCGAUUCAUGCAGCCUACCUGAUGAGAACAUCAGAUCCUUUUGCAAGAUCGAAUAUAAAGUUCCCACAGUCAUAGCCAAGAGGACUUCUCGACUUUUUCAGUUUAUUAUCAAAAAUUUCAAGAUUCUAAAAUCGCAAAUGUUGACUGAUUGUCUGUACAGCUUGAAGGAAGUGCUCUGCAAAGGAACCCUACCUCAAUGUUCUAAAGAUACUGUAACCGCUUCCUAUUCAAAUAUUCAACAAGCUUGUGCACAAGUGCGUUGGUGUACAUCGUCUUUUACUAGUCUUACAGAUCAAAGUUGGAUGCAAUCUUGUCAAGUUUCUGGUCAAACAUUUGAUUUAAAAGUAUGUAAGAAAGCUAAUGUAACCUCUAUUAACCUACAAAAUUGCGGUCCAUUACCCAAGCAAAUUACAUUUCCUACAUGGAUUAUUCCAAAUAUUGAGCAGAAAUCAAAAAGCAAAGCUCUAAUUCGAAGAAGCUAUAGUCAUGAAGGCGUAAAUUCGCGUUGCAUUGAUAAAUGGGUUAAUAUGUAUUGCUUAAGUGCUCCAUUUUGUAGCAGCCAUCACAAUAAAAUUGUAAGUGGAAUUACGCAACAGCAAUGCCAGUCGGCAUUAAACUGCUUACCUGAUCGAAUUCGAAAAUUUCUACUCUUAACGGUCGAUUGCAAUGCGUAUCCAGACGAAAAUUCCGAAAAAGAAAUUAUGUCAAGUGAAUGUGCUUAUUCAAAUGGUACAGAAUCGAUCGAAGGCGAUAACUUGCGAUGGCUUCUUUUAUAUUUUACAAUCGUUUUAUUAACCUAUAUAAUUUUGUAA